UUUGGUCAUCAAGCAGGUUCUAAUGGCAACUUUACGCGGUUGGAGAUUCGUUGGCUUUGUGUCAUGCAUUGUCGGAGCAAUUGGAGUUACUUUAUAUCCAGUUGUUGUGGAUCCCAUGAUAAACUCAAAAAAAUAUAAAUCACUACAAGAGCACAUCAGCAGUCAUGCUAAAUAAAAGUAUAUAAUAUUGCAAAUAAUAUGUAUUACAUUACGAUAUAUCCUCAAGUGUAAAUAAAUAUUAAUAUUAUACCAUAACUAGAUAUUGCGCAAAGAAAUGUGAACAGCUGUUUUGAGCGCAUUUCGCAUAUGUAUGUGUAAUUAACCGGCGUACCCAUUGUUAAAUAUAUGUAUGUAUGUAC